GAGAGAGAGAGGGAGAGAGAGAAAGAAAGACGCGGAGAAGGAAAGGAGAAGGAGCCAGAGGAGGACACCUCGCCGGGCGUGCGGCUCCAGCCCCUUCCUCGCCCCCCCUACUCCCCCCACACCCCCACCUCCGCGGCGUGACAAAGGCUGCGAGCCCCUCGCCCGCUCCCAUUCGCCCGCUGUCACUUCCUUCCUGGACGCUUUCAGGACGAGUCGGGCUACUUUUAAUCCGACCAUCAGCUCAGCCACUUUCUCCUCCUCCACGCUACACACACGCACACGCGCGCACACACACACACACGCACCAGACAUCUUCUGGCUGCUUAUUGGAUUGACUUUGAAGGUUGUGUGUGUGAUACAAGGAGGCUGCAUGUUGAACCAGGUGGUGAAUAUUUAAGGCUGGAAGAAGUAAAGGGAUUUUUUCUUUUUCCUGUGAAAGGAAAAUAUCUCAAGGACUAGUCUGACCAUCCAAACAGCUAAAUGUUUAUAAUCAGGAACGGAUGCAGGGGACUGUGAAUUGAGUAGUGCAAGUGCUGAAGAAGGCGGUUUGUUUUGAGGAAACGGGAAAGAGGAAGGAAAGAGAAGGGAAAAAUACAUAAUUUUAAGGAAGAAGGAGAGAAAAAAAAACGGGGACUAUGGGGAGAAAAAAGAUUCAGAUUACAAGGAUUAUGGAUGAACGUAACAGACAGGUGACAUUUACAAAGAGGAAAUUUGGGUUAAUGAAGAAGGCUUAUGAGCUGAGUGUACUGUGUGACUGUGAGAUUGCUCUGAUCAUCUUCAACAGCACCAACAAACUGUUCCAAUAUGCCAGCACUGAUAUGGACAAGGUGUUGCUGAAAUAUACCGAGUACAAUGAGCCACAUGAGAGUCGAACAAAUUCGGAUAUUGUUGAGACUUUGAGAAAGAAAGGACUUAAUGGCUGUGACAGUCCAGACCCCGAUGCAGACGAUUCAGUAGGUCACAGCCCUGAGUCUGAGGACAAGUACAGAAAAAUUAAUGAAGAUAUUGAUCUAAUGAUCAGCAGGCAAAGAUUAUGUGCAUUGAACAAGAAAGAAAACAAAGGCUGUGAAAGCCCUGAUCCUGACUCCUCUUACGCUCUCACCCCACGCACUGAAGAAAAAUACAAAAAAAUUAAUGAAGAGUUUGAUAAUAUGAUCAAGAGCCAUAAAAUACCUGCUGUUCCACCACCAAACUUUGAGAUGCCAGUUUCCAUCCCAGUAUCCAACCACAACAGUUUGGUAUACAGUAACCCAGUCAGCUCACUGGGAAACCCCAACCUUUUGCCGCUGGCUCAUCCUUCAUUGCAAAGAAAUAGCAUGUCUCCUGGCGUGACACAUCGGCCUCCAAGUGCAGGCAACACAGGUGGCCUGAUGGGUGGGGACCUCACAACCGGUGCAGGCACCAGUGCAGGAAAUGGAUAUGGAAACCCCCGCAACUCACCAGGUCUGCUGGUCUCACCUGGCAAUUUGAACAAGAAUAUGCAAGCAAAAUCUCCGCCUCCAAUGAAUUUGGGAAUGAACAACCGUAAACCAGAUCUCCGUGUGCUUAUUCCACCUGGCAGCAAGAACACAAUGCCAUCAGUGAAUCAGAGGAUAAAUAACUCCCAGUCUGCUCAGUCAUUGGCUACUCCAGUGGUUUCCGUAGCAACUCCUACUGUACCAGGGCAAGGGAUGGGAGGAUACCCAUCAGCCAUCUCAACAACAUAUGGUACUGAAUAUUCUCUGAGUAGUGCAGAUAUAUCAUCUCUCUCUGGGUUUAAUACAGCCAGUGCUCUCCAUCUUGGUUCUGUGACUGGCUGGCAACAGCAACACCUCCAUAACAUGCCACCAUCUGCCCUCAGUCAAUUGGGAGCUUGCACUAGCACUCAUUUAUCUCAGAGUACAAAUCUCUCCCUGCCUUCUACUCAAAGCCUCAACAUCAAGUCAGAACCUGUUUCUCCUCCUAGAGACCGUACCACCACACCCUCGAGAUACCCACAGCACACGCGCCAUGAGGCGGGGAGAUCUCCAGUUGACAGUUUGAGCAGCUGUAGCAGUUCCUACGAUGGAAGUGAUCGAGAAGAUCACCGGAACGAAUUCCACUCUCCCAUUGGACUCACCAGACCUUCGCCGGACGAAAGGGAAAGCCCCUCUGUCAAGCGCAUGCGGCUCUCUGAAGGAUGGGCGACAUGAUAACAUUAUUACCUAUUAGUUUUUUGUUUGUUUCUUUUUUUUUCUUGCAGUGUGUGUGUGCUAUACCUUAAUGGGGGAGGGGGGGUCGAUAUGCAUUAUAUGUGCUGUGUGUGGAAAAAAAAAAAGUCAGGUACUCUGUUUUGUAAAAGUAAUUUUAAAUUGCCUCAGUGAUACAGUAUAAGGAUAAACAGAAAUGCUGAGAUAAGCUUAGCACUUGAGUUGUACAACAGAACACUUGUACAAAAUAGAUUUUAAGGCUAACUUCUUUUCACUGUUGUGCUCCCUUGCAAAAUGUAUGUUACAAUAGAUAGUGUCAUGUUGCAGGUUCAACGUUAUUUACAUGUAAAUAGAUAAAAGGAAAACAUUUGCCAGAAACGGCAGAUCUUUACUGAGAGAGAAAGCAGCUGUUAUGCAACAUAUAGAAAAUGUACAGAUGUUUUGACAGACCCAGCAGUUGGGUGGCCACGAAUUGAUGCUAGAAAGAUACUGGGUCACCUGACAUGUUGAAAAUGCUCACAAACAUGCAGGCGUAUCGUUAGAGUAUGGCACUCAGUAAAAAAGGAUCAAAACAUUUGAAGAGGACCAUACUUGUUCAAGUUCGAGGGCUAACAUAUUUAAUUUUAAAAGUUCUGGGUCUGCAUCACUUAUUAAAUAAAAAAAAAUAAAAAAAUAUGUACAUUACAUUUUGCUUAUUUUCAUAUUAAAAAGUAAGACAGAGUUUGCAAAGCAUUUGUGGCUUUUGUAGUUUCCUUAAGCCAAAAUGUGUUCUUUUUUCCUUGAUAGCUUCGCUAAUCUUUUAAACAGUCCUGAAGAAACAAGCAAAAAGGACUUUUUGUAUAGAAAGCACUACCCUAAGCCAUGAAGAACUCCAUGCUUUGCUAACCAAGAUAACUGUUUUCUCUUUGCAGAAGUUUUGUUUUUGAAAUGUGUAUUUCUAAUUAUAUAAAAUAUUAAGAAUCUUUUAAAAAAAUCUGUGAAAUUAACAUGCUUGUGUAUAGCUUUCUAAUAUAUAUAAUAAUUAUGGUAAUAGCAAAAGUUUUUGUUAUCUUAAUAGUGGGGAAUUAUAUUUGUGCAGUUGCACAUUUAACUAUUUUCUUUCUGUUUUCUUUUACUGGGUAUGCAUUUUACAGAUCAAAGUCAGCUGUUGAAAGAUUGGUCUGUAAGAAAAGUUAGAACUUACCCAUGGUGUAACAACUUAAACCAUUUUAAUACAGCAUUUUACAAUCAGUUGGGUGAACUGCGAUCCAUUGUAUAUACUGAUUAGUUUUUUCAUGCUGUUUUGUGCAUUGUAACAAGUUAAGGGCCCUUCUAUGACUUAACGUCCUGCGUAUCUUGUAGUUUUCCAUGGGUUAAAUGGCAAAGUGACAUCACUUGGCCCUUUCUCAUUAAUGAAGCUGGUAUUCUGCCUGUCAGAAUUAGAUGUACAGCUCUACCGGCUGUCAGAUACGUGAGUGCAUGUGAAUAUUUCCAGAAGCAGUGGGGAGAGUUAAGGGGAGGGAUCAACACAAACACACAGAUCAUGAAGAUUCCUCCUCUCUCUCACAGAUGUAGAAUUCUUAGAGAGAUCAUCAGUUAAAGAACCGUUCACAAGUCGAUUGAUCUUACACAGCCAUUGUGGGCCACCAGGUCCCUGGCUAUCGUGGACCUCUGCGGUCACCUCCUCUCACAGCAGGCACAUUGUUGAACGCCGCUCCCUGUGUAUCUGCACCCAGCAAGAUUCACUUCGGCAUAUGGUGUCCACAUUUUCUCCUGCUUCAUAUUGCUCCUUUGUCUAAAACAGCUUGACCAGAGGGAGCAGAUAAUUUCUUUUAAGUCCCUCCUUGUUCCUCUCAUUUAUUAGAAUAAAAUGCUACAUUUGAAUGUUUUGGUUUAAUCUUUCUGUUGGACGGGAAAAGCGUUUAAGCAAAAUGAGAAUUCCAUAGUAAAACUGUAAUAGUCCUCCUUUUUCCAAGAGUCCUUCCAGCUCUCAUGUGCAGACAUUGACACUAUGACGAAGGACAUAGCUACGACAGCUAAAUGUCAACACAGGAUAUUUUCUUAGGGGAAAUCUGCACUCUAUUUCCCACUUCUACGUGCAGCUGCUGAGCACUGCUCCACAAUAGAGUGUACCUCUCUGUAGUAGAGGAUGAUGAACAGACUGCCGUGUGCGUCGGGGUGCGCUUUUCACUUACCAUGACUUUACAGAAGCCUGCCUUACAGGCACUCUCAGCUGUGCAGAGGCUAGUGCAUGAUCUAGAAACUCAUUAAGCAGAAUACUGUGCUACUAAUGCGUCCAUCUUAUCUCGUGUAGCAAUCUGCAGGGUAAAGAAAAAGAUACGCAUGUUUAAAAAAAUAAUAAUAAUAUAAAAAACUAAAAAAAAGCUAAAAAUGUUUAAAAUCACACAAAAAAAAAGGUAAAAUGGGGCCCAUAAUUAAUUUUUAAACACAAAAAAACCUGUUUUUGAAACCACUCUCUUCACCUUCAGAUGAACCUAUACUCAUAUUCUCUUCUGAGAAUUUUAAACUUUGGUGUGUCAAAAAUAUGCAAAUAUAUCACAAAUGUACCUUGUCAUUUCAAGAAAAAAAAAAUACAACUUUAUCAGAAUUGUAGUAGAAACUUGUCAGUGGGGAAGGGGAUUUGGUCUAUUGAUAUAUGAAGAAUAGCCAUAUUAAUAGUUUACCUUGCGAUUUGCCUCAGCAACGCAUGAAAAAAAAAAAAGAAAGAUACCAUAUUUAACGAAGAUGCAGUGUAAUAUAUUACUGCAAGUAACUAAGCAGAAAGUAGCCUGAAAAGUAUUGCCUGGGCAAUUAAUAUUAACUCUGACAGUGAUUUUUGUAUAAACACAAGUAGAACAGAAUCACGUGAAAAAUAAAUGCCAGUCAUCCCUCUUGUUCCUGCUGCAGAGGGCAACUAACUCAUGCUGGCAAAAUUGUGGGGGAUAAUGCAUAUUUGCAAACUGAUCUAAUGAUAAGAAGCACAACUUUGAUUGUGAAGUCACUUUCUGUAAACUAUACCUGUCUACCUUUCUUGUUCCUUUAUCUGUACCUUACCAUUUAUUGUAUUUGCAAAGCUAAUUUGGGUUUAUCGUGUGAUUCCUUUGUAUUUAAGGAGUUUGGGGCAGAGCCCUGAAAGAGUAUUAACAUUUACUUUACCUUAACCCAUGCUAUAUAAUGUUUUAGGCAACAUUCUUAAUUGUAAGUUCAAACACCUGAAGUGGCAUUCUAGACAUCUGCAAGUAUUGUUAUAGCUAAGCUAACCUCUAUUAAAAGGUGUUGUCAGUUAGUGUUUAAUUGCUGGUGACAAUUAUAUGACAUACCCAAUCUGCACAACCUGUAUAUUGUACGCAUUGAGCCAUUUGCAGUAAAGCUUUUGUCGUUUCAGUGUUUUUCAAAAGUUGUGUUUUAUAACAAAAUGGCUUAUAUUUUUCCCAGAAGAGGAACUUAGCAGUUUUUAAUGAAUAAUAUAAAAAUAUCUGUUGUCCUCAGAUCUUUUUCAGGUAAAGCUAGCGUAAGAAUAAAAGAACUCAUAGACUGUUUUCAAGGAUGUCAACCCUUUUGUAUUGUAUGUGUUAACCUAUAUACCCUCUUUUAUCUAUAGUCCGAACAGAGCUGUUAUGUUUUCCUUCUUCCUUCACCUUAAGGUAAAUGCUUUGUAAUUUUUUAAAAGCCACUUGAAACCUCAAUAAAGGCUGUUGCCUAAACAUGG